AUGAAAUUUAAUAAAAUUUGUAGGACUUGCCUUUUAGAAAAAGCAAAUUUGAAACCUUUAUUUGAAGCUUGUGUUGCUAAUAUGUUAAUGUCUUGUUCUGCUAUACAGGUUAUACAAGGAGAUGGUUUACCUAAUCAGAUAUGUACCCAAUGCCUACAAAGUGUAAAUAGGGCCUAUACAUUUAAACAACUUUGUGAAAAAUCUGACAUGACAUUGAGAAGUUAUUUAAGCAUUAACUUGCAACCAAUUGCUUUGCCUACCGAAAAUCUCAUUAAUGAAGUAAAGAGUGAUUUAUUUAGUACAAGUGAAGUUCUGCAACAGAGUUCUUUAUUUCAAGAUAUCUUUAAUGAUGCCACUACACAUUCCUUUGUUGAAACUUUUACAAAUCAAAAUACUAGCACAGAUCUGGCUGAAACUAUGCAAAGUCUCCAAACCAUUGCUGAACAGUGUCUACCAGAAUCAUGGGAAAGUGAUGGUAAUAUUGUUCCUUGUAAUUCAGAUGAAGCAACAGAUAAUUUCAGUCUAGAUCCAUUGUACAGGUGCCAAUUUUGUGAAAAUAUAUUUAAAGAUGAAUGGUCUUUAUCAGAGCACCUUAAAAUUCACACUAUUCAACCCAGAUACUUUUGUAAUUUGUGUGACAAGAUAUAUGACGAUUCAAAUGAACUGAAUAAACAUAUCAUAGAACAUACAUUUAUUGACAAUCAAAAGAGCCAGGACAUAGAUCAUACCAGCUCCAAAGAAGUGUUUAAAAAUUUUAACUGCCAUAUAUGUGAUCGAGAUUUUCCAGAUUCUAAAUUCUUAAAAAGGCAUUUAAAAGAAAUUCACUUUAUUGAGACCGGUCCUGAAGUAGAAAUAGAAAAAAAGUUUGGAUGCAAUAUAUGUGGGAAAAGAUAUCGGCACAAUAAACUUUUAGCCACUCACGUGAGACUACAUACUGGAGAGAGACCUUUGAGUUGCGAUAUAUGUGGAAGAAAUUUUGCUCUACCGUCUUCACUGCAUAAGCACAAAAUGAUCCACAGUGCGGAGAAAAAGUUUGUUUGUAAUAUAUGUAAUAAAAAGUUCAGCCAAUCAUCACACCUCAAUGAGCAUAUACGGAAGCAUGCAGGGCAAAGACCUCACAUUUGUAAUAUUUGUGGAAAACGCUUCACUAUCAACUCAAAACUGGUUGUGCAUAUGAGAACCCAUACUGGAAUUAAGCCUUAUAAUUGUGAUUUUUGUGAAAUGUCAUUUGCUAGUAAUGUGCAAUUAAAAAAGCACAGAAUGAUACACACAGGUGAAAAACCUUAUCCUUGUUGGCAGUGUGGACGAGCAUUUCGCCGAAAGGAAACAAGAGACACCCAUGUCCGAUACCAUACUGGAGAACGACCCUAUUCUUGUCAGAUUUGUUCAAAGAAAUAUAUAGCGGCAAGUCAUUUAAGGGAUCAUAUGAAGACACACAGCAACAAUCGCAAAUACGAGUGUAUGAUAUGCUUGCAGAAGUUUUUUGAUUCAAAGACUCUCAAAAAUCAUAUGCGAACUCACUCUGGACAAAAACCUUACAACUGUCAGUAUUGUGGAAAAGAAUUUUCUCAAAAUGGAGCUCUCUCAACACACAUUAAACAUUGUCAUACUCAAUAA